AUGAUUUCUUCUCGCAUUUCUCGCGCGCUCCCGCGCUCUGCUUUCACUCGCGUUCCUUCCUCCAGAGUCCCCGGCGCUGCUUUCCGCCGAUGGAACUCUACUGAGGGUGGUGAGGAGAAGGUUAAGGGCCAGGUCAUCGGUAUUGAUCUCGGUACCACCAACUCCGCUGUUGCCAUCAUGGAGGGCAAGACCCCUAAGAUUAUUGAGAACGCCGAGGGUGCCCGUACUACCCCAUCAGUCGUUGGUUUCGCCCAGGAUGGCGAGCGUCUCGUCGGUGUUGCCGCUAAGCGUCAGGCCGUCGUCAACCCCGAGAACACUCUCUUCGCUACCAAGCGUCUCAUUGGUCGCAAGUUCACCGAUAUUGAGGUUCAGCGUGAUAUUAAGGAGGUUCCCUACAAGAUUGUUCAGCACACCAACGGCGACGCCUGGGUUGAGGCCCGUGGCGAGAAGUACUCUCCUUCCCAGAUUGGUGGUUUCGUCCUCAACAAGAUGAAGGACACUGCUGAGGCCUACCUUGGCAAGCCCGUUAAGAACGCUGUCGUCACUGUUCCCGCUUACUUCAACGACUCCCAGCGUCAGGCCACCAAGAACGCUGGUCAGAUCGCCGGUCUUAACGUUCUCCGUGUUGUUAACGAGCCCACCGCUGCUGCCCUUGCCUACGGUCUUGAGAAGGAGGCUGACCGCACCGUCGCUGUCUACGAUCUGGGUGGUGGUACCUUCGAUAUCUCCAUUCUGGAGAUCCAGAACGGUGUCUUUGAGGUUAAGUCUACCAACGGUGACACCCACCUUGGUGGUGAGGAUUUCGAUAUCCACCUUGUCCGCAACAUCAUUGAGAACUUCAAGAAGGAGAGCGGCACUGACUUGAGCAACGACCGCAUGGCCGUCCAGCGUGUCCGUGAGGCUGCCGAGAAGGCCAAGAUUGAGCUGUCCUCUUCCCUCCAGACCGAGAUCUCCCUUCCCUUCAUCAGCGCUGGUGCCGCCGGUGCUCUGCACAUCAACCAGAAGAUGACCCGUGCCCAGCUCGAGGCCCUGGUUGGUCCCCUAAUCAACCGCACUGUUGACCCCGUCAAGAAGGCCCUCAAGGAUGCCGGUCUCCAGUCCAGCGAGAUCCAGGAUGUCAUCCUUGUUGGUGGUAUGACCCGUAUGCCCAAGGUCACCGAGUCCGUCAAGUCCAUGUUCGGCCGUGAGCCCUCCAAGGCUGUCAACCCCGAUGAGGCUGUUGCCAUUGGUGCCGCUGUUCAGGGUGCUGUCCUCUCCGGUGAGGUCACUGAUGUCCUCCUGCUCGAUGUUACUCCUCUGUCCCUGGGUAUCGAGACCCUGGGCGGUGUCUUCACCCGUCUGAUCAACCGUAACACCACCAUCCCCACCAAGAAGUCCCAGACCUUCUCCACCGCUGCUGACAUGCAGACCGCUGUCGAGAUCAAGGUCUUCCAGGGUGAGCGUGAGUUGGUGAAGGACAACAAGAUGCUCGGUAACUUCCAGCUUGUUGGCAUUCCUCCUGCCCACCGUGGUGUCCCCCAGAUUGAGGUCACCUUCGACAUUGACGCUGACUCCAUCGUCCACGUCCACGCCAAGGACAAGUCCACCAACAAGGACCAGUCUAUCACCAUUGCCUCCGGCUCUGGUCUCUCUGACUCUGAGAUCCAGUCCAUGGUUGAGGAUGCUGAGAAGUACGGUGAGCAGGACAAGGAGCGCAAGGCUGCCAUUGAGGCCGCUAACCGCGCCGACUCCGUCUUGAACGAUACCGAGAAGGCCCUCAAGGACUUCGAGGACCGCCUUGACAAGACCGAGGCCGAGACCAUCAAGGAGAAGAUUGCUGCUCUCCGUGAGUUCGUUGUCAAGAACCAGUCUGGUGAGGGUACUGCCACCGCCGAGGAGCUCAAGGAGAAGACCGAUGAGCUCCAGACUGCUUCCCUGUCCCUGUUUGACAAGAUGCACAAGGCCAACAACGAGCAGCAGCAGCAGCAGGGUGAGCAGCAGGGCGAGAACAAGCAGUAA